AUGAAUGAAGCCAUUAGCAUAGUCAAACAAAAUUUAACUGAAUUAAUGAACAAUUCCAUAGAAUCUUUCUUUUUUACAACUGAUUUGUGGAUUCAAGACCAUAAACCUUAUAUUGGAAUUACAAUUUAUUGGAUAACUUCUGAUUUUAAUAUUAAAUCAGCUUUAUUUAUAAUCGAAACUUUUAAGUAUUUUCACAUAGGCAAUAAUAUUAAAGAUU